AUGACGAUGAGGCCGCUGCCGCAGCUCGUCCAGUACCUCCUCCCCGUCGUCGGCGCGCUCGCGCUCAUCGGCUGCCUCGUCGUCGGUGCCAGCGCGACUGUGGUGACGACGUGCAGGGCGGCGGCGGACAGCGACGCGCGCGUGGACUACGGCUUCUGCGUGGCCGAGCUGGGCAUGCACCGCGAGAGCCCCGACGCCGACGUCUGGGGCCUCGCCAAGGUGGCCGCGCUGACGGGCGUCAACAACGCCGACAACGCCGUGUACGACAUCAAGGCCGUGCUGCCCGCCAAGAGGCCUGGUGGCGCUGGCGCUGGCGCGGACGGCCCGACGCGCGCGGCGCUGGAGAAGUGCGGGAGGCUGUACGACUCCGUCGGGUUCGCUUUCGCCGAGGCGGAUGACGAGAUCAACAACCGCCGCUACGCCGCCGGGAAGGGCAAGGUUGCGGAGGCGGUGUCCCUCGCGCGCCAGUGCGACGACGCCCUCGCCAAGGCCGCCGCCGUCCCGUCGCCGCUGGCGCAGCACAGCUCGUACAACGUGCGGAUUGCUAAUAUCUGCACCGCCAUCACUAACCUCAUCAAGUGA